AUGAAAUCGACGUUGAACCUGACUAACCAGACCCUGGAUAUGACAAUGGAUUUAAUCACAAACCUGACAGAAGAUUAUUCAAAAGGUCGGGAAACUUACACUGACCAUAAGCUUCUUUGGAACAUCGCCACUGGCAUUAUCUGUGCGGAGUUUGUAUUUGCCUUUGCCUUGAACGCGAUAGUAAUAGGACUACUGUUGAGGAACAAGAAGAGAAACCGAAUGUCCUUCUUCGUACUUCAUUUAGCAAUAUCAGACUUCUUGAUGGCUGUUUUCUACAUCUUCCCCGCUGUAAUUGACAGACUCUUGGACGCCUGGCUUGCUGGUCUGUUUAUGUGUAAACUUAUCAAGUAUCUAAAUUUGGUGGUGUGUUUCGCCUCGACUUAUAUGUUAGUGGUGUUAAGUAUUGACAGAUUAUACGCUAUCGCACGACCCUUGUCCGCGACCAGGAGAGGCAUUGUCUACCAGUGGACGUUGGUCAGCUUUGCUUGGGUCAUCGCUGCAAUGCUGGGUAUUUAUGAUCCAAUAUUCGCCGACAUACUUACAGGAAUACCCACUCCACGUCAUGAAACACCAUUCUGUGAGAUAGCCUACCCAGAACAUAUGAAAAAGCCCAUGAUUUUGCUAUUUGCCAUUGUGAACAUGUUCGUGCCAGUGUUGAUAAUUGGACUUUGUUAUUCAACUAUCGUUGCUAUGAUAUGGAGAAGAGGGAGACAAGGCGUGUUAUUAAGGAAGCAUGAACACACCGUGAAAUCGCACUGUGAUGUAUACACAGCCAAUCGCCUGAAACCUAACUCAGGAAUCAUUCACAGGGCAAAGGUCAAGACUAUCAAAAUAACAUUCGUCGUGGUCUCAGUUUUCCUUGUUUCCUGGGGACCAUUUACGAUCUACACAAUAUUGAUGGUAUAUCACGUGAUCAACUUGAAUGGAUCAUUUUUCAUCUUUAUGACACUUGCACCACUCAACAGUGUGGCUAAUCCCAUAGUUUACCUCUUUUUUAACCACCGACUUUUAAGAAAAGGAAAGCAGCCACGAGAUACAAAUGGUAUCAGUAUUAAAGCAACAUUCAUCACACAUAUCCGACGUGACUCGGAAUGGUCAAAAACAAUGCAGAUGUCUCGGUUGAACUGA